GGAAGGAGGCGAGCCCCUCAGCUUCCGCGUCAGCAUCCCUUCAAAUAGCUGCUGUCACUUGUCUGCUGCACGCACGGAGACGCACAAUUGCGAGGCUCACCCCCACCCCCACCUCACCCACCCACCCCCCAAAAAAAAAAAAUUACAUUUAAAAAAACAAAACAAACACCAAGGACUAAAAUCUCACGUUUGUAUGUUAACGCGGCAGCUCUCGUCUUGCAUGGUGACGCCAAUUACAAUGAGCGGGCAGAGUCGCUAAAAGGAGGUUGCAGCCUGGCCAGGGAGGAUAGCGAUGCUCAAGGCGCCUCGUCCCGGGAGAAGUCAUCCCAGAAGCUGGCCGCGAGAGACAGGGAUGCUGCUCCCUUGAAGCACCGGCAGGUCCAGUGAGUUCUCCUGAGCAGAGAGUUUGCGUGGCGGAGUUUGAGCUGAGAGUGGAAGUGAGUGGGCGUGAGAGGGAGCGUGUGUCAUGGCUGACAGCGAAGGGGCAAACCUUGAGGACCCUCCCUACAAAAACCUGCUGCUCCUGGGGGCCAUCGCAGCGGCGUCGGCCUUCGUGGUCACCAUCCUCAUCGUUCUCGUCUGCGUGGGCUGCCAAAGAAAAAGCAAGAGCAAGCACCCUUCAGCUGGAGAGAAAGGGACAUCUGUAAAUAUGCAGGGUACCCUUCGACAUCCAAAACUGAAUUCCAUGAGCAAAUCGGACACCAGGCUGCAUGAGAUCAAUCGCUUUCCUUGCAACGGAAACUCAGUUAGUAAGAGCCGCCCGGCCAGCAUGGACCUCCUGCUCCUCCACAGUCGGCGCUCUCAGAGCGACCUGACGCCUUCCCAGGGGCGCCGGCUUCCACAGAUCCCCACCGGCCCCCAGGGAUCCGGCCAAGGGGGGGAAGGGGACACGGGAGGAGACGGGGGAGGAGGAGAAGCCAGAGACCACACUUACACCGAGGUGGGCCUGCGAAAUAACCCGACCCCGACGCACGGCUUGGACGACGGCCUGUAUGAGAGCGUCAGUGUCCGGGAAGGGGACGCAGGCCCCAAAGCAACCGCAGGCCCUCCGCCGACAUCAACGAACACUCCAACUUCAGUCAGGGCCACCCAAAGCCCGCCUGCUCAGGUCAACGGAGCCCACAAUGGCAACGGAAAUGGUGGCAGAGGGAACGGCAACACAAACGGGACAAUGGCAGGGAAAACUAACGGGGCGAGCGGGGUUACCAGGUCCCCCCUGUCCUCAGUCAACUCCCUGGCCAUCCAAGAACCUAUUGCAGCCGAGUACGCUUCAAUUCGCAAGUUCAGAAAGGUUGACAAGACAAACAGGAAGGAAAAUAACGGAGCCGACAGCCAGUCAGACCAAUCGAGCGUGAGCGACUCGCCCUCAGCUCCUGCUCCGCAACUACAUCGCAGUCAGGAGUUUCCACGAAAACCCCUGGAGCCGUUUCACCUGCACUCUUUCCCAAAGGAGCCGGUGUUCAUGGGCAACGGUGAGCAGUACAUCUGGAAGCCACCAGAGGAUGAUGAUAUCAUCACUUUGCACCCACCUCCACACCGCAUCGAGAACGGACAGGGGCACCCGUCGCCGCCAACUGCGAAGGAGAUUGCAGACACCUACUCCAUCGUGUGCAAAACUCAGAAGAAAAAGACUCCCAUGGAAAGCAAUGGAGCAAAGACCCUUCCGCGCUCAUUUGGUGGCGAGAGAGGAAAGGGCCGAGGCCGAGGGGUCCAGGCCCAGGCCCGCUCCCAGGAGGAGCCGUGCUACGAGCCGACGGGAGACAGGGCCUGGCCCGCGUGCGCGGCAGCCGAGUCCGACCCCGCGUACGCCACCGUUGACAGCCACCGUAAACGUGAACAGGCCGCCGCUGGUAAUAGCGCGGCCGGUGGUACUGCCACACUUAAGAGGAAGAAGCAACAGGCACCGCCAGCUGCACCUCAGGGCUCAGCUUCCAACCCCCUGCCUGUUCGAGGCCUGCCCGGGGGAGAGAACUUCUAUGAGACCAUCGGCGAUGUGAAAGGAGGAAAUAGCUCCAGCACCACCACCAUCUUCACAUUCAAUGACGGGAUGGAGAUGUAUGUCACCGGCCUGUAGCUGGCAGACAUGCGGAUCCGGCUCAGAAAGAGACUGUCCUGUUAACUUGCCGUAAGGUUGCUGUACAUACUGUAGGUACCAUGACUACUCCAGACAAACAAAAUGACGAUCAAAUUUGACAUCAGGUACAAACAGGGUUUUAAUCCAGGUUCAGACUUCCCUUCAUUGGUUUGUAUUUCAGAACCAGCCUCAACCCUAAGAGGACCAAAAAUGCUUUAUCGAAAAGAAAAGAAAAGAAAAAGACAGCUGGAGUAUUCAUUUUCAAACAUACUCUAUCAGUGACUUUACUCAUGUUUAUGGGCAUCAUUUUCCAUAAUAUCUUUAUUUUUGUAUGAACUAUGAUCAUUUGGUGUGGCGUAACUCACAAUUUGAGCACAUUUGAAUAUGAACAUAUGUAUAGAAAAUUUAAAUGCAUGCUUUGUGCAAACCACGGAGAGCAGUAGCAAUGAUGGUGGCUUUGUUAGGAGAAGGAGACCACGGCGCAUUGCUUUGCCGUGCGUAAACACACACGCGCGCGCGCGCACACACACACACACACACACACACGCACCUCUAAACUUGGGGGCACUUAUGUAAUAUAAGCAGAUGGAUGUCACAGGGAUUUUUGGAGCUCAGCUCAACCUAAGCAAACAUCUGAAACAUGUUCCCUGUGCACACUGACCUGUUGCUUGGCAGAGAGAGUUGUGAUGUUUUGUACAAACAAAGGCCAGUCAUUUGUAGGCCUGCUCAAACUCAAACGCAAGUGAAGACUGCUGAUGGCUGUCCAUUUGACAAACCGCCAUCAAUGUGCCCGAAACGUAUUAGCAGUUAUCAAUCAAAAGCAGCCCUCUAUGACAAGCACUUCCGACAUUUACCUGUGACACUGGAUAUGUGUUGCAGCAAUCUGUCAUUCAAUUUUGCCUUGUUAAACAGAACGUUUCACAUAUCCGCAAGUAUAUUCUUCCUCUCCACAACUGCUAUUUCAGAUUUCUGCAAUGCCAUCUUCCCACUUUUGUCAUUCAUGUUUAUGGGUAUGGCAUUUAAAAGCCAAGUUUGACUAUCGAAAAGGAACAUCGUAGAUAUCAACCAACGUCAUUCUAACUAGUAAAUUACAUUUUGAAGAGUUUGAAUUUUCAUUCAGGAUAUCUAUAACUCAAUUGUGACUCGUCGAAACGACAGAUAGAAAUCUGUCGUUCACUUUUGCCUUGUCAAAACAGAUAUCAGAUAACAGAUACAGAUAUCUGAAAGGUCAUUUUGCCUAGGACCAACGACGUCACUUUUACCGUUCAUGUCUAUGGGGGUUCUCAUGACAGAUAUCUACUAUUCCAUUGUAGAUAUCCACUAGUGGAAUUCCAGCUGUCCCAAAUGGAAUUGUUGAUAUCAGUAACUCCAGUUUGAGACAUCUACAGUUUGAGUUGUAGUCGCAAAUCUCUACAACUUAAUUUUGCCUCGUUAAAACUUGAUUCGGGAUAUCUAAAAAAGGGACAUGUAGAUAUCUUGAAUUGAGGUGAAUUAAAGAUAUCUUCAACUGUUAUUAUGACUUGUCAAAGCAGGAAUCAUAUUGUAGAUAUCGCAAACUGGAGUUACAGAUUAUCUAUAAUUCAGUCGCAGAAAUCCAUAAUUCAGAUAUAUCUGGAAUUCAGUUGCAGAUAUUUGUAGUGAGAAAGCCCAUACACAUGAAUGGCAAAAGUGACGUCAGUUGUCUGACGUGAAAUGACGUUGCAGAUAUCUGAAAUGCUAAUUGUGGAUUGGAAGAAUAUAGUUAUGGAUAUCUGAGAUGUUCUUUUUGACUAGGCAAAACUGAAUUACAGAUACCUGCAAGUGCAACACAUAUGUAGUCUCGCUGUUUAAUGUUAUGAAGGCUUGUCAUAGUUUUUCACUACUUGUAGAUAUUUUGGAACUGAAAUUAUGACUUGAGUUGCAGAUAUCCGUAAUUCACCAACGGGUGUCUGCAACUGAAUAGUACAUAUCUGUAACGUGUAAUGUCUGACUCCCAGGCGCAAUGACAUUGCGGAUAUUCGCUAUAUGUCUAUCUGUUGUUUUGACUGCACAAUUACAUUACAGAUAUCUGGAAUGAAACUUCCAACUACUCCAAAUGUGAUUUCGACUAUUCAGAAAGACAUUGUUGUUAUCUACGAGGUUCAUUCAGUGGGUAGUCAAACUUAGCUUUUAAAUUUUAAACCUGCUUGCCACAUCCCUCUUGGCGUCGCUUAUCUCUUUGGUUUGGUUAACAAUGUCGUCCUCAAGGUAAUUGUGGCAUCAAGUAACAAUUCACGCUCAGAUUUGACAAACAUCUAUCUGAAGCCGCUGCCAAAGGCUUGAUGACACUCCUCUUUCCCACUCCACCCACCUUCACCCCCCCCCCCCCCCCCACCCUCCUCGCUCUCUCUCACAUUCACACACACUACACACACGCACACACACACACACACACACUUAAAUGCAUGCAUGCUUGGCAGAGUUUUACAGGGUAAAGCGACCAGGUUCGGGUUGCCAGAGUGUUGAGCAAGACUUAUACGGGUGACACAUUUCACAAUAGAAGACUGUUUCCGUACUAGUAUAAAAGAAUGACUUCUUCAAAAAUACUUCCUUCGUAAAGUAAGGAAAGUGACUUCUUUUUCUUUUGAAUGUGAUUUUAUGACUAUUGUACUAUUGCACUCAACAGCUGCAGGAAUGGCUGCCCAUAUAUUUUCUGUUAAUAUGCUGUAUAUGUUGUCGUUUGCGCUCUGGCUCCGAGUCAAAUUCGCGCUUUCGAUCGUUCUCGAGUCGUACAGUUGCUGGUUGGAAUAGCAGCAGAAAGCUUGCACUCCAAAGAAAACAACUGUGGAGUGUCUUUAGGACGAUUGCCCUUGGCGCUCUCCUCAGCCUGCUCUGCGGUCCCCGCAUCCCUCGUUGUAAACAAUGUCUUUUUCAUGUAGCUUUGGGGAACUUGAAAAAUGAAUGGAGGGGAAAAACAAAACCUUAGAAAUUUAAUAAACAUGUGGUUAUGAGGCAAGAGUGAUGAGGGAUAUAGUAGAAUGAUCUCACUGUGAGAGAACCAUGCAAAUGUUUAAAAGGUCAGUAGCAUAUGUUUUAAGUGUCAAAGUACAAAGAAGCAAACACACCAAUGUAUUUUAUGGCACUCUUCAUUUUUUUUUUCUGUCUCCUUUUGGACAAUGAAUAGCUCACGCCACUGCCAUGAAACAAGCCUGUGUUGGUGCAAUUUAUCCUGCUUGAUCCAAAAAGUGCAUGCAUUAAUAUAUGGAGAUGAAACAAUUAUUGUGGUACUUUAUUAAUCUCUUCUUUGUUAGUCUUCUGUUGUACUUUUUGCCAUGUAUUGCACAGAGCAAUUUUCCCCCCCAAAGCAACGACCAGGAGAAGGGGAAGGAACGAGAAAAAGAUUGAUUGAAGCCACCAGGAUUUUAGGCCUCGGUGUUUAUAUUCUGCAAUGGGGGAGCAAGAAGGAAUGAUAGAAAUGGGGGGAGGGAGAAGAAGCACUAGCAUGAAGCUGGAUGUGGAUCACUGAAAACGAACACGGACCCGACACACCCUCCUCCUCCUGCACGCACAAACACACAUACACACACACACAUGGGUUGGUACACACUGCAACAUUGAGCCGUGCGUUUCCAGUUAAGGGGAGGAAGCACGUUUUUUGCCCCUGCCUACACUCCCUACCCCAGCUGUGUUCACUCUCCAAUACAGGACACUGAGCUUGCUUUGCCCCCCGCUUCACCUCGCUAUGCUGGGGAGGGGCUUUGGUUGUCCACUUCCGAGGGACUCCGAGAGUGUGAAUGUCAAGCUCGGUCCGGUCUGAUAGCAACGAUGCAGCAACUGUCUAAUAUGAAAAAUGGCUGACAGCUGAGAAGCCUCUCAGACAAUGCUGGCCGGCUCUCACUCUUCAUCCUUUCCCCCUGGCUCUCACUUUGGGCCCCAUUUUCUUUCUCUUGAAACAAAGCACUGAUGCGAUUUAUUUCGUGGAACAUUGUCGUACGCUGAUUGAGACAAAUGUUCGCUGCACAAAUACAGUAUGGAUAUGUAAAUGUGUAAAAUACUCUGCUGCUGUUCUGAUGUUGUCACAAUGUAGGAUAUGCAGUAUAUUUGUUGGGGUCAACUGGUUAUCACAGACACAUUGUCAUUUGUGGAUGCAAAUUGUUUCCUGCUUUCCAUGCACAUACAGAUGAUGUUUGUUAAUUGUCUUUGGAUGUAGUUAGGGGCCAAUACUGCUGUGACAGCUGUAGCCAAUGUUUUAUGUUCUCAAAGCACAGGAUUUAGUUUGAAAAUAAUAUAUAUAAGUAUAUGUACAGUAUAUAUGUAUGGAUAUAUGUAUGUGUGUGUAUAAAGUACAUAUACAUACAUAUAUAUACACACACAAAAUAGAUCGUGUGGCAGUGCAGAUAUGCAAAAGAUUGUAAUGUUUUAUAUUAACCUUCAUAAAAUAUAAAAGUGAGUUUUUACUUUUCUAAUAAAGUGGCACA